AUGCCGCUCUUGUCCCGCUCCAGAUUUCUCCAAGCUGCUCUGGCCCGCAGCAAGCCAAGGUGGGGUGGCUUCGGAUCGCCCAAGGAUCAUGAACCAGCUUGGAUUGAGAGAUGGGCGGCAAACCGCCGCGAAGGGCAGGACAACAUGGACUGGUUCUUUCGUGCUUUCAACUCCACCCGUAUCUACGAGACCUUUUUGAAGAGCUCUCCGCGUUUCUAUGGCUUCAUUGUGUGGACCAGUAUCAUUGGAGGGUAUUGCUGGAGUCGAAUGUGGGACCACAUUUGGGAUUCUAUCAACCAGGGCAAGCUUUACCGCCACAACCCUUAUGUUUAUCCAAUUCCGGAGGACGACGAAUGA